GCUUCGCCAAUUUGCGAAUCUCGAGUGAGGUUCUUUUUUGGUAAAGUGAUCACAAGGUGUUCGACAUAAUACCUGAAAGAACUUCCAUAGCUUUUCUAACACCGUUAGAGUGAGUUGAAUUUCCGAGGGUGAAGAUGACGGUCUUGGAUGUUUGUGCAGAGGUUUUAAAGAUCCAGAAGCUACGGCGUUUUGUCUCUUACGCCGGAUUCUACUGCUUCACUGCUGCCCUCACAUUCUUCUAUACGAACAACACAACAAGAGCAGGAUAUUCCAGGGGCGACCAGUUUUAUGCAUCUUAUCCUGCCGGCACUGAACUUCUAACCGACACGGCAAAGCUGUACAAAGCGGCGCUUGGGAAUUGCUAUGAAUCUGAGGAUUGGGGUCCUGUCGAGUUCUGCAUAAUGGCUAAGCAUUUUGAGCGCCAGGGAAAAUCUCCAUACGUUUAUCACUCCCAAUACAUGGCUCACCUUCUUUCUCAAGGCCAACUCGAUGGAAGUGGCUAGUGGCGUCAACUCAAUUUUCUUAGCUUUGUAUCCAAUCUUGUUAUAGCAAAGGCGAACCCGGGUAUCUGGAACAUUUGUAAGGCGAUGAUAUAAAUCGGGAGAUAGACUAUUCAGUUUGUAUUAAGAAAAAUAAGAGCAUGUGUGGUGUAUAAAUCAUAAAAUGUCCGCAAAAGCAGAUUGGCACAACGUUGUUAUAUCAUUUGAGCACCUUAUUUCCCAUGAUGUAUCCCAUUUCCCAUGUGAUAAUACUUCCACCACUUGCUAGGUGAACAAGCAACUC